UUCUUUUUCCUGCGUAGUGUAGUGCGUAUUUUCUUCGCAGCUGAUGGUGACAUUGUAACAGCAAUCAAAACAAAGGAUUCGUUCGUUCCAUCUAUUAUAGAUUCUCGAAAAAAAAAACUAAGUGCAUUUUUGAUAACGAUGGGUAAAAUUUUCCUGGAUCACAUCGGCGGUCAAAAGCUGUACUCGUGUGCAGCUUGCGAAACAAAUCUGACCAACAAACGGGAAUUGAUUAGCACUCGAUUUACGGGAGCCACUGGUAGGGCCUACCUGUUCAAACGAGUUGUGAAUUUGACCUACUCUCAGGUACAGGAUCGAGUCAUGCUCACCGGACGACAUAUGGUACGCGAUGUGAUGUGCAAAAAUUGCAAAGCAAAACUAGGCUGGAUGUACGAAUUUGCUACCGAGGAGUCGCAAAAAUACAAAGAAGGUCGAGUGAUUUUAGAACACGCUCUCAUCACCGAAUCGGAAGGCUUUCCGGAACCGUGACCAUUUCUCUUCGAUCCAGUUGAGUUUUAGACUGCUAGCGUAUUCUGUGUGAGAGUGAGACAUAAAAUUUAGUUUAAGCUAGUACUUCAAACAUAAAACGUUUAAAUUAUAACAUGUUAUGUGCUACAUCUUAUCCUUAUAAUGUAUUUGGAUCAAACUAUUUCACAAUAAAAUCAACAUCAGCUAACGCUAAAUUA